CGUGUGGAAACUAAUGUUACAUGUGCGAACAAUCUGUUGAAGUAGUUAUCGAAGCGCACCUCCAGAUUUUCCGGUCAAAAGGAAAAUUUUUUAAGCUUCCAGGAAUGGGCGCCUCUGAAUCUGCUCUCUCUGGUUCUUCACCGAGUCCUGCCGAUCAAAUCACCACUAUUUCUCAGAGACCAGAAACAGUCGAUCCCGUUUUAGAGAAGCUCAAAUCCCUUACAAUUACGUCUCCUAUACUGACGACACCGCUGACGGAGGGUAGCUUAACGGACAUUUUAGUAAGAAAACCAUCGUCAUCUUCAGCUCAAGCUACGAUAAAUCCAAAGGUGUUGCUGGAGCUGUUCUCAAUGUAUCGCGAUUGGCAAGAGGAGAAGGCUCAAACAAUUAGCAAGAAACAGGAAGAGAUAGAAAACAAAAUAGAAGUUGCAGAUGCUUUGGCAGUUAAACUUCUCCAACGUUUUAAUUACUCAGUUUCCACAAUGAAGACAACUUCACAAGAUUUAUCAGAAGUUCAUGCAUUGCAAGUGGAGCUUGGAGAGCUUAAAGGAAGGUUAACUGAGGUCCUCAGCAAUUGUAACGCAUUAUGCAAGAGAAUUGCUGCAGAGGGGCCUGAACCUCUUCGAUCGUCUAUCAAGCCAUUUGCAGUUCCUAUUGCAGCUCGUAACUUAUCUUCGAAGCAAGGAGUUACACCUGCAAACCAAAGUUCAACGUCUACAGACGCCCAAUUAGACUGACACUUUUUCUUUUUAUCUCAUCUGUAAAUUAAUUGACAUAUUCUUUUACCCUUUAUUCUUCAUUGAGAUUGAUGUUUAUUUUGUGCCGGAUACAAAUUGCUUACUAACAUUUGGGUCACCAAAGUUUUUAAUACAGUUUACCGAGUAAUUUUUCGGAUUAAAUGUGAAGGCGGUUGUGAUUUAUUCAUUGCCUAUGAAAUCAAGAAAGAGAAUGUUGCCCCUGCCGACAUAAUAUAGUCGUAGAGAAAGGUCAUCGUUUAAACCUCUCUUUUUCAAAGUAAUAAUCAGGAAUCAAUCCAAUCAUUUGAAUCAAACUUAUAACCAUAUCAAGA